CCCCCUGCAGUGCAUGCGGCGAUUGACAGGGGUGCAUUUGCUGCGGAAGCGGCGAUACCUGUGGGCAGGCGCAGACGUUGAAAUGCCAAAAAUGGAAUUCAAGAAGCCGGCUGGUGAUGAAGAGGCGGCAUACCUGUGCAGGGUGCCUGAUGGGACUCGAUCACUUUUCCAAAUUUGACACGCAACAAGCCGCUUGCCAGUGGUGUCAAAAGCAAUUGCCACUGCUGAAGCAUCUGAUGAUUACGGAAUGCUCUUCCACGAAGGUAAGCAGGUCAUGACGUAGCUGAGACCAGCCAGGCAGGCAGGCACGCAGCCCCCCACCCACCGCCAGCCAGCCAGCCACCCACCCACCGCCGAGCUUGCCUCCCAGCUGCGUCCGCUGCUGUCCCGUCUGGCCGCCCCGGUGUCUGCUCCUCACUCUUCCCCGUUCCCUCCCCGAACCCGAAGCCCUCCCUACCAGCCUGCCUCCCUUGCUUCCAACGCCCCGUCUCCCGCAAGAACCCCAUCCUUGCCCACCCACCCCCGUCCGGUGAACGCACCAGCGCGCCCCACCGGUGAAAACAACAUGACGGGCAUCGCCGCCGCUUCCUUCUUCUCCAAUUCCUGCAGGUUCGGAGGGUGCGGGCUGCAGUUCGAGUCUCUCGCCGAGCUCAUCGUCCACAUCGAGGACAAUCACAUCGACACGGAUCCUCGGGUCCUGGAGAAGCAGGAACAACAGCAGCCCACCUACUUGGCCCUCAGCUACAUCAACAGGUUCAUGACGGACGCCGCGCGGCGGGAGCAGGAGACCAUGAAGAAGAAGGUCACCCCCAAACUGUCGCUGUCCAUCACGGGCGCCGUGUCGAGGAACAGCACGGCCACGCCCCCUCGCCACACCAGCGGCAACUUGACGCCGCCGGUCACGCCCCCCAUCACUCCUUCCUCUUCCUUCCGCAGCAGCACGCCGACAGGUACGACAGGUAGCGAGUACGACGAAGAAGAGGUGGACUACGAGGACUCGGACAGCGAUGAGUCGUGGACCACCGAAAGCGCCAUCAGCUCCGAGUCCAUCCUCAGUUCCAUGUGCAUGAACGGCGGCGAGGAGAAGCCCUUUGCGUGUCCUGUGCCGGGCUGCAAGAAGAGAUAUAAGAAUGUGAACGGCAUCAAGUACCACGCCAAGAAUGGACACCGCGCGCAGAUCCGCGUGAGGAAGCCGUUCAAGUGCCGCUGCGGGAAGAGCUACAAGACUUCGCAGGGCCUGAGGCACCACACCAUAAACUUCCACCCGCCUGUCUCCACCGAGAUUCUGCGCAAGAUUCAAGGCUAGACCUGCAAGGGCUGCUAUCCCAAAAUGCUACCCUUCAAAGUUCCUCACUAAAGUGCAUGCUUUAAGUUCUUUUGACAUUAUCAUUAUUUGCCUUUUCUUUCCAUCUUAUAUCACUCGUAUUCCAAAAGUAUAUCUUUGUGUUAUUCUUAUUGUACAUUUGCACAUUUGGCAUAUGCUAUCAUUUGAUUUCUAUUUCGGUUUGACUUGCAUAAGGUGCUAAAAGAAGUUGACAGGAAGUGAAGAGACAGGAAGCGCGACCAAGCUCCGCCCCCCACCCGCCGCACGAUGGCGAAGUUACCCUCCGGUCUCCGAUCCAAACCAGGAAGUGAGUUUGCUUCUUUUACUCUGUUUACUGACUUUGGAUCGGCAGCCUUACGGGAACUUCUGGGGUUCUGCCCAAGUUGUAUUUGAAAUAGAUAUAUGCUAUAUAAACAGUAGAUGCAGAUGUAGUUGUAUAUACAAAAACUAUACGCUUAUUCACAAGCCUAUACACAGAUAGUUACAUUUUAUUUGCAAGCUUUAUUUUGUGUAUUUUAUUGUCAGUAUUUUGACUUCAAAGUUUCAUUGCAUAUAUUUUUGUAAUACUCCAGUUUAUGUUUCACAAAUAGUAUUUUUUUUUUAUGGCUUAUUAUGGAGCCCCAGACAUUUUAAAUUGUGGCCACAAUAUGCAAUUAUGCAAUGAUUUUAGCAUGGAACUAAGUUGAAGUGAAUAAAGGAGCUUCAUUCAAGCACAAGUAGUGCUUUGACGCCGUUUGAGUGACAAGGAACUAGGGCUGCACAAUACUGGGAAAACUAUUUGUCAUGCUCAGUUCUUGCUAAUCAAUUUUAAUGACCACAGAUAGUUACUAUUGGAUGGAGAUGCUGGUCAGAUAACUUCCCCCCCCACCCCCCCCCAGGUUUGGCCACCAAAGAAUCAUUUAGUGGUGUCCAAAUUUUAAUUUACAAUUUAGUUUUUGUCUGGGGUUCUGUAAACAUUUGAUUUUUCUCUUCUCAUAAUGAGCUCCAUUUCUCUGACAUGUCAUUCCAGUUGCCAAGAUAGUUUUUUUUUGGUUCUUUCUAUGACGGUUGCCAACAGCUCUCCACUGCCAAACAUCCAUCAUACCGUGUGCCUGAUUGGGGUCGGAGGGGAGGGGAGGGGGCAACGACAGGGCGGCCUAUAUUUGUGUCGCCAACCUUAGAAAAAAACAAAAAAACAAGUGGGUGUACAUUGAAUGUUCUAAUGCAUGCACUCUGAAAGGUGAUUUGUACUCAAAAAAAAACAAAAAGAUGAGAUUAGCAACUACAGCCUGUUCUGUGUGUUGUAGAUGACAGCAUUCCAGAUGUGUGUGUCGCGAGUGUUUUUUUUUUUUUGCAUUUCAAGACAUCAGCCUAGAGUGUUAUUGUGCCGUUUAGUGUGUGGAUGUAUCAUGUUUCUGUGCCAGGUCACUCCUGGGGAGGGAGCAGUGGUGUCGCCCCCUUACAGGGAUUCUUUUUGUUCCGCAUUGCCUGUCGGGUGGGGCGACGUGAACCACUUGAUCAAUAAGACCAUUGUGUUUGUGGUGGGUCCAGUGACAUUCUCCACUCUUCUUUUGUGCAUUAAGAAAAUUCCUACCCGUGAACCAGAGCAGCUCUGUCAUUACGGUCGUCACGGUAACAACUCCAAACAAGGAGCAUGAAGCGAGCGGGACAGUAUUAAGACACGUUGAGUAGGUCGGUGGGUGCAAUCCACACAUGCAGGAGUCCCAUAUUUACAAUGUACAGUGAAUGUAUCACAACAUGUCCGUUUGUUAAGUGCUUUUAAAUUAUAUUUUCGUAUGUAACGUGGACAUAAGUGUUUUGUAUUCGAGGGGGGGGGGGGGGUCUACUGUCUUUCUAUAAACGAGAAGCUGCUUCAAUGUAAACAGGUACUUGCCUGAAAAAAAUGCAAAAGUAAAGCCUGACCUGACAGUCAAGUUGUGUUUUCUUUUUAAAAAAAAAAAAUGAAAUCACGUGCACCUGGAUAAGUUCAUUUAUUCAUUAAGAUUUUUGUCAUUCACACAGAUACAUACACACACACUGGCCUGGUGAUUGGUGUGCAAUUUUUAAAGCCUGAAUAAACAACACCAUCGGGUAAUCACAAACGAUAUGAAGCCACUAUUCACUGUCUUUGAUAUCCAGAUUAAGGUCCAUGUACUAUGGGCUAUGUGCUUUUUUUUUUUCUUCGUCACUUUAGGCUUAAGCUGGAUAUCAACGAUAUGGAAUCAAAACUCAAAUGUUCUCCCAUUCAGUGUCUUUUUCCAGCUUCCUACCACCUGAACAUAAAGCAGAAAAGUGCAUGGCAGUCAUCCAUAUGACCAAACCGAGGGCGGUAACAAUACACAUCACACACGUAUUUCUAUAUGUACAUUACAUUCAGAAUCAACAUUUUUUUAUGGCAGAUACUUUUUUUUUUUCUCCCCCUCUUUCCUGAAGAAAAGCAGCGUUCUGGUUUGGAAGCGAUCGAGUCUGUCAACACCUCACUUGAAAUGUUUUUUUUUAAUUUUUUCUUUUACAGCCAAUAGUUUUUAGAAUUAUUUAAACAGUUUUUAACACAUACCAGUAAUAUCCACAUGCACAACCAAAGGUGCUUCAGAGAAACAAAGAUGAGCUUUAUAACGUAAAGGAUAAAGUGGAAGCAAAGCUUAUUGUGUCUUGGAGUAAUGAGAAGCUCUUUGAGAAUUUAUUGCAUAUCCUUGAUAAGCAAGCUACUAGCGCAAGACACUAGUUGGGUCUGGUAGGCUCGCUCAGAAUUUAAUUGGUUAACUGCCAUUUUGUGUAAAAUGAAUACUAGUGAACGAAAAAGA